GGUUUGUGCGAAAUUGUUGAAAAUAAAACUUUUGAUUAACGCACAAUGGCCAGUAGUAGUAAGAGUGGCAGUAAUUACAAAGAAUUGUACAAACUAAGUGUGGAUCUUGGCGAGCACCAAAAGCAACGUCAGUUACAACUUCUGAACGAACAAAAACAGCGACGACAAUUGCAACAAGACGAAUUCCGUGAUGUGACGGGCGAAGAGGAGGAGAAAGAAAAGCUGCCUCCAAAACAACAGCAGAGUAAGCAACCCAAGCCGAAAUCUGAUAAAAACAACACAAAUAGGGGACACCAGCAUAAGCUCCAACUCUCGGAGUGGCUACGUCAGCGUCCUGAAAAUCUUUGCGAUUGGUUUCUACUGCCAUGUCCCGUGGGCAAACGCUGUCUUGUGGUGGCCACCUAUGGAAAAACGAGGGUGUACAAUAAGGCGGGCCGCACGAUAAUGCGUCUACGCACGCAACUGCCAGGUGAUUGGUCAGCUCAGAGAUCACGAACCGUAUUGGAUUGUGUGUACGUGCAGGAGCUGGAUACCUUCUAUGUUCUGGAUGCGCUGGCAUUUGGUCAGCAGCGUUUGCAGGAAUGUGAAGCCAGCUUUAGAUUCUACUGGCUGCAGUCACGUUUUGCAGAGAGUGUUUACCUUAAUGAAGUAAGCGAACACAACGAUAAAGCGUUCAAGCUGCUGCCCUACUAUGACUUUGAGGAUGCAGUGGCUAUAGAUCAGGCGCUGCAACGCUAUCCACUCUGGGACAACAAUCAGCCGCGGCUGGAUGGAAUGCUUUUCUAUCACAAGGAGGCCAGCUAUGUGUACGGUAACACGCCCUUGGUUUGUUGGUUGUUUGCCUUCAUGCUGCCCGAUGUGCUAGGUCUCCCAGUCAGCAGUGAAUACAAGAGGCCAGAGGAAUAUAAUGGUCAGGCAGUGUUGAAAUACAUGAAUGAGUUCGACAAGAAGCUGCAGACACAGCGCAUGGCUUAUCGCAAGCAAAGCUGGCGCAGAACGGAGCAAACGGCACAGUCCAAGUCAGACGCAACUGUAGAUGCAGCUGUGGAGCACAUGGAUGAAGCUGUAGAGCACAUGGAUGCAGCGGAGGAAGAGGAGGAAGAGGAUGAGUUUCUUGAGCUGCGCGACCUGAUAGACCGUGAACGUCGCCUGGAGCUGGGCGAACUAGACAUGGACUGCAGCCCAGACAUAAAAACAGCAACAACAACCACCACCAGCACAAUAACAACAGUACCAGCAACAGCUGUGCCGCACAGCAACUGUUAAGCUGUCUUUGGGGGCGCCUCG